AGUGUUUUGGCUAAGCAACAGCGACACGGAUUUGGGAUUGCUGGAGACUGCACGGCACACAGAACAUCACAACCCGAGGCUGAAUUUUGUCUCAGUCGAGACAUUUUUAUAUGUAUUAAUUGAUCAGUUUGUCCAAUUUAUGUGUUAUUGCAGCAAAGGACUAUUUUGGAUUAUUUAUCUUACAUUUUUGUUCAAUCGCCCCCCUUCAUAUUAAUAAGCUCCGAUUUCGUGUGGCAACCCGUCUUUUCAUCGUUGACUUGUUCUGGUAGACAAUUUUGAUAAUCACCGUUUUUUUUAAUUUUUUUUUUUUUUUAUGUUUAUGCGAUCUGAAUGCACUCCCAACGGGUGCCUUUUUUGGGAAUAUAUACUGACCAGCAAAAUCGUUGAAAACUGUCGGGGCUUGGAGGAGAUUCGAGUUUUUUCCUGCCGGGAGCGGGGGUAUAAUAUGUCCAGGCGAAAACAGACCAACCCCUUCAAAGUUAAUUGUAGGUAUCUCAGGGCCUUUCCCCCCCGCAGGGCUGAGCGGUCCUGAACUCGCGCUGAAGAUGGAGGGCAGGGAGGACCUCGCUGAGGACAGCGAGUGCCACAGCAGCUACUCCCAGGAGCCCGAGGAGCAGGACAGCAUGUCGGACGACAGCGACAGCGACCUGGACAACCCGGGCGAGGACUCGUCCUCCAACAGCUCCGCCGACGACAGCAUGACGGGCAUGAAGAGCUGCCGGGCGUCCCUGCAGGAGGGCCACCUGAAGGAGGAGAGCGAGGAGGGGGCCGACCCGGGGAACGGUUACAUGUGCCCUCUGUGCACUCUGGAGUUCGGCAGCGCUGAGCGGCUCGUAGCGCACGUCUACCAGCACACAGCGAUGGCGGGCAGCAGGAGCAGCUACGUGUGCCCGGUGUGCGCUCGCGUGCUCAGCUCCCCCGGCUCUCUGGGGCGCCACCUGCUCAUCCACUCAGAGGACCGGCUGUCCAACUGCGCUGUGUGUGGAGCACGCUUCACCGACUGCAGCAGCUUCAACAGGGAGAAGCUGAGAGAGUUCCUCAGCGCCGGCCACUCAGAGAGCAGCAGCAGCGACGAAGCCUGCCCCCUGCCUCCGCCCCUCUCCGGCCCCGCCCACAGCCCGAGCCCCGCCCUCCCCUCCCUGACGGACAGCCUCUUCUCCCCGCCCCCGUCCCUGCCGCCCCUCCCGGACGGCCUGGGCCCCCCCGGCGCGGGGCUGCCCCCGCUCCCGGACCUCCUGAGCCCCGUGCCCGUGUACCCGGCCGGGGUGCUGCUGGUGUGCAACGGCUGCGCGGCGUACCGGCGGCUGGCGGCGGCGGCGGCGCGGUCGCCGGACGCCCAGGCGUGGGCGGGGCAGGGGCAGGAGGGGCAGGAGCCCGCGGAGGCGCGCGGGCAGCGGCUGGAGCGCGAGCGGCUGGCCAAGCAGACCAAGCGGGCGCGGGAGUCGGCCGAGGAGCGGGAGCUGCGGCGGCUGCGCGACCGGCAGGCCAAGCGGCUGCAGCGCAUGCAGGAGACGCAGGAGCAGCGCGCCCGCCGGCUGCAGCGCGACCGCGAGGCCAUGCGGCUGAAGCGCGCCAGCGAGACGCCCGAGCGGCGGCAGGCGCGGCUGGUCCGCGAGCGCGAGGCCAAGCGGCUCAAGCGGCGGCUGGAGAAGAUCGACCCGUCGCUGCGCUCGCAGAUCGAGCACGACCCCGCCGCCAUGGCCGCCCUCACCGCCGACAUGAGCCUCUUCCAGUUCCCCUGCCCCCCCCUGGACAACGGCGUCUUCAUGAAGCUGCCCUAGCAGGGGCCGUACCUGCCCCCCCCCCUCCUUCUGCCUCAGCGGCCCCUGGGGACCGGCCCCUCUAGGGCCCCCAGACCAGACCAGGCCUGCAAAGUCCCGCCGAUUUGCUCCUCGCCUGCUAUUCGGCGACGUCACCCUGCUCGGCGAGGACCGGUCCGCUCUGAGGGGUUUGAGCUCACGCCCGUGUUAAUGACCCUGUGCAAUCACUUCUGUUCCAUUAACGGAAAACGUUUACCUUUUCCAGAUUUCUCAAUGGGGGGAAAAACAGUUUUAACAAAAUUUCAUUUUGAUUUGUUUUAAGUAAAAUAUUUCUUAAAAGCAGAGCAGGAGGAUCGAGGGUGUGUCCCCUCUGUAAUGAAUAUUCGUAAGUUCACUUUUUGUUGGCAGUCGCACAGAUGGGACUUAAAAUUGUGUUUAGUUCGCUAGCUAGCAGAAGAUGUAAAACUACCCGUCUAUGGAAAAUGGCACCACCUGUGUCAUAGACGGCAUGGAAACCAACCAAAUCAGUGGUCGGACUGGAGCGUUUACAUUUAGCGACGUACGAGCCAAUACUGGUCAAUCCCAGUGACGGGAACAUCGCUGCCUCCGCCUGUGUAGCGUGGGUAACUAGCUAAGGCGGCAAGCAUGGCAGCUCGUCAGUUUCUCAUCGAGCCUUCUACCGAAUUUCCAAUGUCAAAAACGAAGUUAGCUGGGUAGCUAGCCAAUUAUAUUUUCCUUAUAUUGAUAACAAAAUUCCAUACUAUCUUUUUUUAACCUUUCUGACGUUAAUUCGCUGCUCACCCUGUACUGACACAGCGUAGCGUAGCGUUAGCCAGCUAAUUAAGCUAGUUAUUCCAUCUGAGCAGUGGUGUUCCUCCCAGUGCAGCUCUCUUAAACUCAUUACAUUCCUGACCCCCCACCGGUUUAUACAACAAGCCAUGAUGCCCUCCGGCACAGGCGAUAUAUGUAAAGUGACUGCAGAUUGGUUUUUGAUGUAAAUCACCUCGUUAGUGAUGUCAGAAACUAGGUUUUCAACAGUCAAUGCCAUAUCCUCCAGCAUCAUGAGAACCUUCCUUCCAGGAUAAAACAAAAAACAAAUUCAAAAUCUCGCGGAAUAACACUUGCUUAAUUGCAUCGUAUUUAUUUUGUUAUGUUCUUAAUUUAUAACUGAACUAUUUAAAAAGGGUUAUUUUGAUUGCACAGGGUUUGUAAGGCGAUCAAAUGGUUAAAGAAAAAUUCAAGAAGCUGUCGUCAGCAAAAAACUGAAUUUAUAAGGGCAGAGGAAACAUUUUUAAAAUAAGGUUGAAUAUUUUUUUUUAUACAACGAACCGUAAUAUCGACUGGCAAGUUUAAACAAGAUGGGACUUAAGAAAGAGAUCCAGCGCUCAGUAACUCGUUGAACAGUACCUCUCUUCCAGAGUGGGAGAAUCCGUUUGCACAUGCGUCGACAGUAAUGGGACUGGAGAAUCAGCCGCUUUCAAUCUGCUCUCCCCUCUUUUAAUUUGCCAGCCCGCAGCUGGAGUCUACCCGGCAGCUAUUCCCAAAGCUGCCAGCAGGGGGGGGGGGUCACUGGUUAGCUCAUAUCCACUGAAUCUACUUCUACCUCUAAAAGGGCUCUGGCCUGGCCGAUGGCUUCGUUGGCGGUACCGUAGCCGUUGGCGGCCGGCACGGAGGACCCUCAGUUUACAGACUCUCGCACCGCACACUUUUCAGACAACGCUAUCUCAAUCCAGUAACUCCCAAACAACCCAUCCUACCUGAAAACGUCCGCACUUCAAUGCAGAAAUGCUUCUCUCUUUUUUUUUUUGUGGGGUUUUGUAUUGUAAAUGGUUAUACGCUUAUGGAGACGCAAAAACAAAGUCAGUGUCUAAAUGUGUGGUGAAGAGUCAGUGCUGUAUGAAUGCUGAUAUUGCUGAAUUUGACUGUUCCCUACUCUAUCACUUCUUCACGUGCCACAUUCUAUCCCGUUUCUUCUCCCUCUCUCGCACGCACGCACGCAAUACACAACAAAAGAAAUCAUCAAAUUUCCCAGAAGAGUUUGUGAACCACACGGAGUAGCCAACGCCAUUCCAGCCUGUAUUUGUCUCCCUUAUUCCCUCAGUUAUUUGUGCGCGCACACACACAUGCACACACGCGCACACGCACACACUCACCAUUAGCUGUCACACUGACUAUGUUGUGCCCAGUUUGCACGUUUGCACACCCGACACACACAGCCUCCAGUCAGGACGGGAACAGUUCUGUGCCGUGGCGUCCGGCACAUCGCAGGCGGCGAUAUUCCCUGCUGCCGUUUCCCUACAUCACCUCUGUACUGGCGAGGGGGAGCCAACACUUGGAUUAAGAAUGCUAUUGUCCUCAUGAGUCGGAGGCCAUGACAGGUUUUCUUUCUUUCUUUCAUCGUUUUGAGAAGUGUGAUGUUGCCUUUGCCUGUAUCACUGGAAAUUUUUUUUUUUUUUUUUUACCUUCUUCGGGUUUUGAGAAACUUGACAAAGUAAUUAUACUGGAGUAUUGUGAAACUAAGGUGUAAUUAAGACAGGGAAUUUAAGGACUGAUAAACUGUUUUGAGCCAUUCCAAGAACUAAGGAGAACAUGAAGAGUGCACCUCUUUGUCACCAUGGUAAUGACUUAUGUUCUCUGUCUUUUUUUUUUUUACCCCUGGCGGGGAAAUGGGUGGCUCAGACUGCUAUGCAACAGGAGUUUUAUUCCAACCAGUGGAAAAAAAUAUUGACUUUUUUAUAACUAUGCAGAUUGUGAGAAAGAAAAAAGGGUACGUUUAUAGUGUAAGGAGCUACUGGGGGCUUCUGGGAAUCCUGGAGGCUCUUUGUGCCCUGAUGCCUGAUGGGAUAUGGAGGCCUGGUCAUGACAGAAGCCAGGCACUGCAGAUUUUUUUUUUUUAUUGUGACCUCAAUAAGUGGGAGGGGUCCAGUCAGGAGUAAAAAAUAAAUAAAUAAAAAAUACUCACCUUUCACAAUGAAUUGUGGGAAGAGGUCACGGUUUGUGCUCCUGCUUGGAUCUCAUCCGUCGUUCAGCCAUAAACAUUUACGACUGGGGGAAAGCAGCAGGGUCUCUCCUGCGACUUUACUACGGCACACAGCAAGUUAUGCAGUCAGCGUUCCGUCGACAGGUCCUUGCACAGAAGCAAAAUGUUUCACGACUAUCCCAAGCAUCGUCUUAUAACUUUUUUUUUUCUUCUUGAUUUGAGAUGUUUAUUUCCUGUUCAGGGCCGGUUCAUUAUACACCAUGUUUACAGCUUCUGGUAUUAUGCCUGCAGCACAAAGCACUGUGUUCUGGGAUGACCUGGAGCAUGGCCUACUGAGUUAGGAAAUCAGUGUGUGAUCCUCAAAUGUUCUAAAGGAACCAGAACACUUUAAAUUGCCACGGGACAUUGUGUGUGUGUGUGUGAGUGAGUGAAUGAGUGCAAGUGUGUCCAGGUUCUGUUAGAAACUUGGCCUAGUGUAACACACUGGCUUCGUUUAACACUGCAUGUCAGCCUGCAUUUGUUCUAGAAUUAAUUAUGAGCCUGUGUUAUAAUUAUUAUUAUGCCUACCCAUUGCUGUUCUUAUUAAUUUAAGAAUAGGGAUACUACCUUAUUGUUGAAACAUUUGGCCUUUUUUUGGGUAGUUCACCAGGAUACAUUCUUCAUGUUUACAGAAAUAAAAAGGCCAAACAUACUGUUGAAUAAUUAAAAGGAAGACUAUUUAUGA